CGUCAGGCUGCAGCUGCAUUCUGCUGCUGGCGGCUGGGUGCUGAUUCUGCCGCCCUGCAUCUGACGGCUGCAGCGGCCUUGAGGCAGAGUCUGAGUUGAUGCGCGGCGCCGAGCGUGCGCAGCAAGACGACGCAGACGGCCGCGGCUGACGGCAGCGCGGCAGCGUUGAUGUGCCCCCCCCCCCCGGCUGCGGCUGCGCGCUGGCGGCUGUCAACGGCGCCGAGUUGCAGGUGCAGGCUGCAGGUGCACACGCUAGGCGGGCGAGGCAUGGCGCAAGGGGCGCGCGCGAGGGGGGAGCGAGAAGGUGCUUGGAGGCUCUCCUGCCGCUGCGGCCGCAUGCCGCAUGCCGGCUGCCGCUGGUGCUGCUGGCUCCUUCGUGCCUGGCGGCUGAGGCUCCUUCCCACGGCAGCGGCGCCGGCGGUUGCCUCCGCCGUCACCUCUUGGCCUGCCGCCUGUCACGUCGCCCGCACGCCCCCAUCUCAUCCAGCGGCGCCUCGGGCAGAGAGAGAGGCCGCACCCGCGCUCCGUUGCGGCGAAUGGAGCAACGGCGCCCGCAGCCGCGUCAUGUGUGCGCCCCUUCAUCCCCCGGCGCCAGUGCCUGACCGGCCCUUGCCCCAGCCACAGGCCAUUAGCCUGGUCGUACCGUGCCCGAGAGCAUCCAGGGUGCAGCGGCGGCGCUGCAAGGAGCCCCUGCCCAUGGCUCUUGUGCGUCAUCCCAUCUGCCAUCGCACGCUUGUCUCUCGGGCGCACGACGAUGCACAGCCGAUGCAGCGGGGCGAGCCGCACCGGCCGGAAAAGCAACAGCCUAGGGCGCCACGGAGGCAUCGAGCGGGCCACCAAUGCGCUCCCCCCCCCACGGGCCCAGCAGCGUUGCGUCCAGCAGGGCAUCCUUGUCGACUUUGAGAGCACGCCCGGGGCGCGCCCGGCAACCCAGUGCGAUGGGCUACGCCGGGCGCGGCCACAGCCUAAGUUUGCAAUGCCCC